AUGUACAGGCCUCCACAGGGUCGCGGCCAGUCAGGACCAGGAGGCACCGAAGCCACGUUCUAUCCCGGUGGUACAGAUGACUUCUACAUGCCUGACGUGAUCUCGCCGUCUCCCCAACGAGUAAUGCCCGAAGUCCCCGAGAACAUGCAGGAUAAUAUAGCCCAUCUCGAACACGAGGCCCGCGCCUCGCGAGCGCAAAACCCCAAUUCGUACGCCCGCUUCCCCGACCGCUCGUCGUCGAUGACUGCGCCUGUUUACAACCAGGAUAACAACAGUUACAGCGGCCAGCCCGCGAGCCCAUACGGCCAGCCGGCCUACGAGACCAUGGAGCAUCCCAAUUUCUCGCCGUUCCCUGUCCUGCACAAUCCGCCGCCCAAUGUCCCGCCAACCGACGAGCAAAAGGAGGCCAACCUCGAAAAGGGCCGUGUCGCGGUCCUCUCGUCCAACGACCCGGACAUGCAGCUCGCCUGGGCCCAGGAUGCCCUCUCCUACGUCGAAAUCGCGACGCAGAACGAACUCCGCAUGUCGCAGAUCCAGCCGUCGCGACCUCAGACCCCGCAGGUUGAGCGCCAACUCCGCACCGAUGCCAUGAAUAUCGUCUCGUUUCUGGCCGAGCAGCACCAUCCGCACGCGCAGUUUAUCAAGGGAAUGUGGCUGGAGUUUGGCAAGUUUGGUCUACGCGUCGACAAAAAGGAGGCCUUUCGCUCGUAUUCGCGCGCUGCCGAGAAGGGAUAUGCACGCGCAGAGUAUCGCAUGGGUAUGCAGUUUGAGGGAUCCAACGAGCCCGCCAAGGCUAUUAGACAUUAUGAAAAGGGUGUCGCAUUGCGUGACUCUGCCUCUUACUACCGCCUCGGUAUGAUGAUCCUUCUUGGCCAGCAUGGACAACGACAGGAUUACGACAAGGGCUUGGAGUAUAUUCGCCUCGCAGCCCAGACCUGUGACGAGAACGCGCCUCAGGGGGCCUAUGUUUAUGGCAUGCUACUUUCCCGGGAACUACCCCAGGUCACUGUGCCCGAGCAAUUUCUCCCCAUCGAUCUCAACGGCGCUCGAGUGAACAUUGAAAAGGCAGCAUAUCAUGGAUUCGCCAAAGCUCAGGUGAAGAUGGGAGCAGCGUAUGAAUUGGGCCAGCUGGGCUGUGAUUUCAACCCGGCCCUGUCCCUGCACUACAACUCUCUGGCCGCGAGGCAAGGCGAAGCCGAGGCCGAAAUGGCAAUCAGCAAAUGGUUCUUGUGUGGGCAUGAGGGCCUGUUUGAGAAGAAUGACGAAACUGCUUUUACCUAUGCUCAACGGGCCGCGCAAAGCGGCCUACCCACCGCAGAGUUUGCGCUUGGAUACUUUUACGAGGUGGGCAUCCACGUUCCAGUCGACAUUCAAGAAGCCCGCAGAUGGUACGCCAAGGCUGCUGCAAGUGGCAAUAAAGAUGCAGCCGGCCGAAUCGACAGCAUCUCGCGGUCCAAGACUCUUUCUCGGAAAGACCACGAGCAGGUCGCCAUUGCUCGAAUCAAGUCACAGUAUGGUAACGGUGGACGACCGCGUCCGUCAUAUGGCGACAGACAGGCACAAGCACAGGCUCAAGCUCAGGCACAGGCUCAGGCACAAGCACACGCAGCCUCCAUGGCGCCGCCCCAGGAGGCCCUGGAGAUGCCAGACCCUUCACGUAUGCGAAUCAAUGAUGAUGGAUAUGCAUCGCCAUACCAGGGUAACGCCCAGCAGGGAUACGGACCGCGUCCAUACGGAAGCCCCAAGAUUGCCGAAGCUCGACCCAGCUCUGCGUUUGGUAUCAAUCCCAAUAUCCAUUCUCCCACGUUUGGGCCGGGUAGUCCCGGCUACAACCGAGUUCCAUCCGCGGGACCUGGACCCAUGGGUUAUAGGCAAGGCCCAGGAGCGAAUUCACCCAAGAUGCAACCUGGUCCAGUGGAUGCCCAGGGCGUUCCCCGGUUAGACAUUGGUUAUUCAGCACCCAUGGACCGCCGACGACUACAGCGGCCCGACGCCCAGGGUGGUGGUAGUAUGGGUCGACCUCAGGACAUGAAUGCCGCCAUUCCGCGGGACCGCAUGUCGAGAACACCGGAUGGACGAUCACAGACAGGACAUCCUCCGCGCAACGCGUCCAUGCCAACCCCCAACCCAGGCCGACCUUCUCCAGCCUCAACGCCGCGACCUGGAGGGCCUCCGGGGCCUUCUAGUGCUGGUGCCCCGGCCAACGGCCCGGCCAAGGCCAGCACUGCUCCAGCCAAACCGUCGGGAGGAGGUCUUCCUGGCAAGGGACCUAAGACGUUUGAGGAGAUGGGAGUUCCUCAAGCAAAACACGACAGCGAAUGUGUAAUACAAGAAAAGAGACAACCUGCAACCCAGUUCCUGGUGACCAUCAUGGCCCCACGGAAGAGGAAGAGCGAGCAAGACGCUCCGGACAGUGUCGUCCUUAUUCGGUUUGUACUUCGCUCUGGUAUGUACGUGCAAAAGGUCAGACAAGUGCUUACAGACACGGUACAGGCGACUGAUGUGUCCAACAAUCUCCAUCAGAAGGUUUCCAAGACAUUCGCAGGAAAGGCUCUCAAAGAGAUGCAUGAGCGAAAGGAGAUUGAAGGGCGAGCUGCAGGAAAACAACUUGUCUACCAUGCCCUGCAAGAUACUACCGAAGACUCGCCAACCACUGAUCCAUCCUACGGCCAACAGCACAUCCAAGAUCUCCACGACAAAGUCACCGCUCUGAAAACCUCUGAAAAACAGCUUCGCGAGAGACUGGCCGUGCUAAGCGCGCAUAUCCCUACAACAACGCUUCGGGAUCAGGUUGCGGCUCUCGAACGGGAAAAGGCGUCAUUAACUUUAACCGUUUCGGGUCUGUCUUCUACAACAGAGUGUGUCAGUGUAGAGGAAAUGGACCGGGUGCAGCAGGACUGGCAGAAAUGGAAGCGUCUUGUCGAUUCGCGCAGAGGAAUCUUUCGAGAGUUUUGGGGCAAGUGCACUGAAGUGCUGCCGCCGGAUACUACGGAAGAGGAACUCAAGGUCUGUCAAACUGUGGUUUUGGUUGUGUGUUGGCUUUUCCCACACACCCCACCCCAAUUCGCCCUCUUCUGCCCCUCCGCUUUUCUUCUAUCGCCGAGACCAGCCAGAUCCGACGACCAAAAAAAAACGACAAAAGUAAUGUCCCAGGCCCACGCUCCAGCUCCUCUGCAGCACCGCCCAACAGCAAGCACUGCCAACCCGUCCGAGUCUGCUUCUUCUUCAAAUGGCCUACUAGCUUAUCCGCAUCAGCGAGUGCCCAGCGAGAUGAGAACGCGCAAUAAUACUGCUGCCAACGCCAACGGCAACAGCAACGGCCAUGCUCGCAGUCUGUCAGGCGUCGCGGCCGCGCCCUUUGAGAUGGCUCGCAGUCCGCCGAAUUCGAGUACGAAGAAUACCAAGCAUGUGCCGUGCAAAUUCUUCCGUCAAGGAGCCUGCCAGGCUGGGCCCGCCUGUCCGUUUCUGCACUCUACCGAUGCUACUAUAGAGUCGGCUCCGUGUAAAUACUUUACAAAGGGAAACUGCAAGUUCGGCGCCAAGUGCGCAUUGGCACAUAUCCUCCCCGAUGGUCGCCGCGUGAACAGACCCAACUUUGGCGGAGGUGGAGGAAAUGGAGGAGCAGGAAACGGAGGAGCAGGCGGUCAUCUCAAUCUCGGUGGUCGAGUGAAUCCGCAGGCUUUUCAUAGCCAGGACUCGGCGCUCACAAACUCGGUUCUCUCGCAGCAGCGGAUGAACGGUCAAGACUCGCGAUUCGCAUAUCAGUAUGCAGGACAGGACGAAUUGGCGGCCGCGGCUCAUGGCCACCAGCAACAACAACAACAACAACAACAGCCGUUUGAAGACGCAGCAGGAUUGAUAUCAGACUCCAAAUACGGCUCGCCCGAGACUUCUCCUCCCCCAGCGCUGACCCUGCGCGACGUGCAACUCCCCGCGUCCUUUGACAGCCAGGGAAUCUCGCACAUGGCGCGGUAUGGCCCCGUUGCAGCAUCGGUGCCCUCGCAGUUUGGCCUGGAACUCGCCUCCCCACCGACCCAGCGCCCUCCGUCAGACGCUCUGCGGAAUCUCCGGGAUACUGCGUUUGCGUCUGAUCUGCGACGGCCGACGUCAAAUUUCGGCUCGUCGCCGCCGGCAGUUAUGAUGGAUGAAUCGUCUCAGUCUCGCUUCUUACAUUCCCAGCGGAUGGUGCCGCGUUCCAAGGUGUUUUCGGCAAGCGUGCCGCGCCCCAGUGCCCUGGACGAUUGGGAUGAUAACUUUGCCAUGGAGGAAGACUACCUCCCUGGUAGUCUGCACGAUGACGUCCUCACACCCCAAGAAAAAAUGAGACGCCUCUCACGCACCGAUCACGAUCUGAGCUCUAGCCAACGAGACCCCAGCGGUCUGGGUAUGGCCGGCACAAGUGCCACCAAGGUCGGAUCGCCGCUGGCAUCCAGUCCUUCACGAUUCGGCGCUCUGUUUGCGCGCCAGCGCCAGAGGAAGGAGGAAGAAGCGCUCGGUGCUCCAACAUCCUCGUCGUCACUACAUCAUAUCGGAUCCCCGCUUCGAGAGUCCUCGAUGCAUCACCUCACAUCGAGUCCCAGUCUUCGGCCCAUUGGCAGCCGCUCUGUCUCGGGCGACGUGUCGCCGUUUGUAUCGAGUCCUGGACGCCAGUCGUCCAUGUCUAUGAUCUCGCAACAACUAAACAACAUGUCCCUCCACCCCAGCUCUGCGCGCCAACAACAACAACAGCAACAAUCUGCCUCGGGCUCAAACUUAGGCCUUGGUUUAGGCUCUACUCGCACAGCCUCGUCGCCCAUGACAUCCAGCCGCAUCGACGAGGAACAGGGCGACCUGGUUUUCUCCAUGGAAGAAGAAGAGAACAACAAACGGAACAGCCUUGCCUGGAACUCGUCAAAUAAAUCCACUUCGUCGACCACCGAGGAGACGCCUUUGGCAAAUACAUCUUCGUCGCAUCUUGAAUAUCAGUCAUAG